AUGGCUGAAGCUGGUGUUGGCCCUCCUCCGAAAUACCACUACACCCCCUCGCUCGCAGCUGCCAUUCUUUUUACAGUCCUAUUCAGCUUGUCUGGCUUUGUUCACGUCUAUCAGCUCGUGAGAGGAAAAACAUGGUACUUUAUAGCCUUCUUUAUCGGGCUUCUGUUCGAGGUAGUAGGCCACGCAGCCCGCGCCUAUAACGCCGAUGAAAGCCCAAAUUAUUCCGAUGUCCCAUUCAUCAUGCAGACUCUUCUCCUGCUUCUUGCGCCAGCACUGUUUGCGGCGUCUAUUUACAUGAUACUCGGGCGGCUCAUCAGGGUGCUGGAUGCUGAGCACUUUUCCAUCAUUCGAACAAGAUGGUUGACCAAGAUAUUUGUGCUUGGUGAUGUCUUGUCGUUUGCAGUCCAAGGCAUUGGCGGUGGAAUCAUGGCUGGCGCCGACGACAAGGACGGUGUCGACCUGGGCCAGAACGUCGUUCUCAUCGGCCUAGGAAUCCAGAUUGCCUUCUUCGCUGGCUUCAUCAUUGUCAUUUCUAUCUUUCACUACCGAAUCCUCCGUCAGCCUACGAAGACAAGCGAGGAAACACCUCUCCCUUGGAGCCAGUACAUUCUGGUCCUCUACUUUGUCUCGCUACUCAUCAUGAUCCGAUCUAUCUUCAGGGUGGCCGAGUUUGCCGCCGGACAGACCAGCGUGCUGCAGACCUCGGAAGCUUACCUUUACUGUUUGGACACCAUGUUGAUGUUUUUCGUUUGUGUCGUGUUCAACGUGCGACAUCCGAGCCAGGUUGUCCAGAACCCCAACUAUAAGAACAUGGAUCAUGAGAUGGAGGAUGGUAGGGCGCCUGCGGAUGAGGCUGAGGUCCUCACGUCAUAUCGCCAUUGA